AUGUGGUUUUUCUUUCAUUUCUUUUCCUGUUUUGCUCCAUUCUUUGCAAGUCCUAUUUAUCAUUUAUUUAUGUGCCAUCAAGGAGGUUGUGACACUUAUCAAAAGCUUCUUACUUUCGACGUCUGUGGAGUUUGGGUAAUAAAUGCAUUUGGUGGUCUCUGCGGAAUUCGAGCAACUUUGUAUUGUAUGCCAUUUUGGGGAACCUUCUCUCUAACAUUAUACAUCAUAGUUUCCUUGCUGUCUAUUUUCCUAAUUCUGAAAGCAAAUAGUGCAAAGGAAAGGCUUAAGCCUUUAAUAGUAUUUGGUGUAAUGAGAUACUUUUUCAUCUGUGUGCGGCUGUCCCUUUAUGCCUUCAACUGGACUACCAUCAUUACUCCCAUCCCACAUUACCUCUGCAUGGAUCUGCUGGCUUUCGUUGGUGGCACACUCAAUGUUGCCAGGAUACCAGAGAGGUGGUUUCCUGGUAGGUGCGAUUACAUUGGCAACAGUCACCAGAUUAUGCAUGUUCUAACAGUAAUCAGUGUUUAUUGUUUACACGUUGGUUCUGUCCGUGACUUCAAUUGGAUGCAAGAUGCUGUUUGUCACUGA